AUGAAUACAUACGCUGCUGUUGUGCUCCUUAACAUUAUAUACCUGGUUUUCAUAGUGGACUCGGGCAAAAAGAAGAAUAUCCAGACAUUGAGAACGACAACAAUAUGGCCUUUCGAUUGUGACCCAUAUCAAAGUGGACCGCAUUCUAGGCAGAUCAUCAAAACGAACAAUGGUAGACCCACCCUCGGCAUCAUUUGCGAAACGUGCUACAAACGAAGUGGAGUGAAAAACCGUAGAUGUACGGACGGAGUGUGGAAUGAAUCCAAUAAACCCACAAAGUGCAGCUUGAUAAUGUGCGGACAAAUCAGCUUGCAUGAAGAAGUCCAAAUUGAUAAGAUCGAUUUUGAUGACAAAAUUCAAGACAUUGAACACUACAAGAAGGAAUUAAAACAGAACAAAUUAUGGCCACUAAAUAACAAAAGUCCCUGUGGGACUGCCAUACAUUUCUCAUGUGUCGAUGAAAAUGCCACAAUAGACAAAAUAUCAACGAUGAAAUGUACUAAGAAUGGCUGGGUACCAAAUGUACCACGCUGUCAUGCAAAGGAUACCGAUGAUCGUCCCAGUGUAGAAACGGCUGGCAAGAAGAAUGAAGGUGAAAUCGGGCAAAAGAAUAAAAAGAGCAGGAAGUUCAACAAACAGCCGCUGAUACCUAAUGAGAUAUUAAUUCCAUCAGUAGUCGGGGUCCUGGUCGUUGUAUGCCUCGUUAUCUCAUACAAGUUCUACAAACUACGAACGAUGAAACCGUACCCUAAGUCUAAACCAAUGGAGAUGUCGACUUCUCCACGAGUGAUGACCCUCUCCAAUGGCCAACCCGUCCCUCCAUCUGUGCCACAUAGAGGAUCACCUCAAAUGGGCAUGCACUUUAGUGAGACACCAACUCAAUAUUCAAAUGGAGUAGAAAAUCCAGCAUAUGCUAAAUGCUGAGUGAGACUUUAGGUGAUUAUUGAAAUACGGUGCCCAUAUUUGACUACGUAUGUUGGCUACUGAUGGAAUGCUGCAACCGAAGCCAUAAGACGACCGAUAUUGUUGGAAUACAUGCCACGUGCAAUUAUGUAUAUAUUAUAUUCCUCAAACUUAUUGCCAAGAUUUAAG